AUGGGGGAAAAGGGUGUGAGGAGGGAGAAGGGGAUGGAUCGGAUGCCUCAAAAAAAGGGAAGAGGGAGAUUCAAAAUAACAAUGGCGGAAUUAGCUUGUUCUAAGGAACGGCGAGCAGUUGAUGAAAGAAGGGGAGAAGGAGAGAAACGGGGAAAGGGGAGAAGGAGAGAAACGGGGAAAGGGGAGAAGGAGAGAAACGGGGAAAGGGGAGAAGGAGAGAAACGGGGAAAGGGGAGAAGGAGAGAAACGGGGAAAGGGGAGAAGGAGAGAAACGGGGAAAGGGGAGAAGGAGAGAAACGGGGAAAGGGGAGAAGGAGAGAAACGGGGAAAGAGAAGGAGAGAAACGGGGAAAGGGGAGAAGGAGAGAAACGGGGAAAGGGGAGAAGGAGAGAGAACGGGGAAAGGGGAGAAGGAGAGAAACGGGGAAAGGGGAGAAGGAGAGAAACGGGGAAAGGGGAGAAGGAGAGAAACGGGGAAAGGGGAGAAGGAGAGAAACGGGGAAAGGGGGAGAAGAAGGAGAGAAACGGGGAAAGGGGAGAAGGAGAGAAACGGGGAAAGGGGGAAGGAGGAGAGAAACGGGGAAAGGGGAGAAGGAGAGAAACGGGGAAAGGGGAGAAGGAGAGAAACGGGGAAAGGGGAGAAGGAGAGAAACGGGGAAAGGGGAGAAGGAGAGAAACGGGGAAAGGGGAGAAGGAGAGAGAGAAACGGGGAAAGGGGAGAAGGAGAGAAACGGGGAAAGGGGAGAAGGAGAGAAACGGGGAAAGGGGAGAAGGAGAGAAACGGGGAAAGGGAGAAGGAGAGAAACGGGGAAAGGGGAAAGGGGAGAAGGAGAGAAACGGGGAAAGGGGAGAAGGAGAGAAACGGGGAAAGGGGAGAAGGAGAGAAACGGGGAAAGGGGAGAAGGAGAGAAACGGGGAAAGGGGAGAAGGAGAGAAACGGGGAAAGGGGAGAAGGAGAGAAACGGGGAAAGGGGAGAAGGGGGAAAAGGUUGUGAGGAGGCGGAAGGCGAUGGAGACGCCUGAAAAAGAAAGGGCGUCAGUGGAGGGCGGGAAGGAGUGCACACGGGGAGUGACGGGGAGAGUGGGGAGGGGAGUGCGAUCUAGUGAUGACGAUGAUGAUGAUGAGGAGGAGGAGGAGGAGGAGGAGGAGGAGGAGGAGGAGGAGGAGGAGGAGGAGGAGGAGGAGGAGGAGGAGGAGGAGGAGGAGGAGGAGGAGGAUGGAUAUGGUGAUGGUUAUGGUGGUGGGUGCCGGUGCAAGGAUUAA